AUUGAGAUAAAAAUCAACCCUAACGAGUGGAUAAUAUGAGCCACAAACCUAACGAGUGGAUAUGAUGUUUAGAUCCACUCAGAUCUCAUCAUAAUUUCAUUCCGCUUCCCAUCUUCUCUGUUCAUCUCUCAUCUUCAAACAUACUCUCUCUCUCUCUCUCUCUCCUUCCUUUAAUUCUUACCCCCCUAAUGGCAACUAUCACAAACUUCUUGGCUAAACCACCUCCAAAUCUUGCACCCAUCACUAAAAUUAAUCCCCUUCAGUUCCAUUUUCCCUCUCUUUCUUUACCCACUAAACCACCCAGCCACCUUGUAAAAAAUUUGGAAACUAGACGUUCCCUCUUUAUUCCAAAGGCCACAGCUGCCCCAGAGGUGAAAAAAGUCGAUACUGAUGAAAGAGUACAGAAAGUUCAUAGCAUAGAUGAAUUCGACGAAGCCCUUCGCGUGGCCAAAAACAAGCUUGUGGUAGUAGAAUAUGCAGCUAGCCACAGCUACCACAGCAGGAAAAUCUACCCUUUCAUGGUGGACCUUAGUCGGACAUGUAACGACGUAAACUUUUUACUCGUUAUGGGUGAUGAAUCCGAAAAGACCAAAGAACUUUGCAGGAGAGAGAAAAUAGAGAAAGUCCCACAUUUCAGCUUCUACAAAAGCAUGGAAAAGAUCCACGAAGAAGAAGGGAUAGGCCCAGAUCAGCUGGUCGGAGACGUAUUGUACUACGGAGACAAUCAUUCAGCUGUGGUUCAGCUUCACUGCAGAGAGGAUGUAGAGAAAUUGAUUGAAGAACACAAAAUUGAUCACAAGUUGAUUGUUCUUGACGUGGGUUUGAAGCAUUGUGGCCCGUGCGUUAAAGUGUACCCGACGGUGGUGAAGUUGUCGAAGCAGAUGGCUGAUUCGGUGGUGUUUGCGAGGAUGAACGGCGACGAGAACGAUAGUUGCAUGGAGUUCUUGAAGGACAUGAGCGUGGUUGAAGUUCCCACAUUUUUGUUCAUCAGAGAUGGUGAAAUAUGUGGCAGGUAUGUGGGUUCUGGUAAAGGAGAGCUCAUAGGGGAGAUUCUUAGAUACCAAGGAGUUCGUGUUACCUAAAUUUACGAAGGAAAAGCAAUAUGGGUUUUAUGACCCAAAAGUGAAAAGGAAAAUGUUUAUUAGUCUCGCAUUAGUGUUUAUUUAUUAAUGGGAUGGCUGCGAUGUUAAUUUGAUUAUGGAUCUAUAAUUUUUUAUAUCAUUUUCCAUCUUGAAUGUAUGAUUCAAGUUCAUCACAAUCAAUUACAACUCCUUCAAGUUAAUGGCCAGAUAUUAUCUUCAAUAUACUUGAUCACA